AUUACACUACAACUGUUUUCAUGUCACUUUAAAAAAUUAUAUAUAUCUUUUUUUUUCUUCUUUUUUUGUGUUAAUGCUUAUUUUACAGAUUACAAAAUGGUCCUACUUUUACUGAAACAAAAACAAGUGAAAUCAGACAUGGACUGUAGCUUUAAAGCAUUUUAGAACAUUAAUAAUCAUUAACUCAGCCUCCUGUUCACCUUAACUUUCGACCCAGUGAAGAGCCAAUAAGACUGAUUGUGUCAGUAACAACGGGUUGGAUCGGGUUUAGCGUUUCAAGCCAAGGUCUUUCACACGAGUCGCCAUGAGCAGCAGCUGUCACAGGUCACAUCAAAUGGAUAAACUCAAACAUUAAACAAUACUUGACAGAUAUCUGCCAAGCUUAGAAAAGCGGGACAAAAAACAAACAAGGAAAAGCCCAGUGGUUGUUAUAUUACGAUUCCUUCAUGAAUCAUGAAUGAAACACAGGAGUAUGAUAGUCCACCACAGUACAGUCCACACUACAUUGCCCCAUCAAAUAUGUACACAUCCAGAAGUUUCUACUCUCAAAGAAGCGACUAUGGCUUAUACUCUUCAGUGCCUGAUGCUCCUCAAACGGAGGGAAACCCUCAGCACUUCUACAGAUGGUUCUCACCACCUGGCAUCGUGAAAACUAUGGAGGGCCUGACUGCUUUGCUCUGUUUUGUUAUUUUCGCCUGUGUUGCUUCCACUCUAGUUUGGGAUAUGCACGGCUACGAGGGCAGCAUCGGGGCCUAUGUUGCCGGAUCUGGGGGCUAUGGGACGGGGUCUGGGUACUAUGGAGGAACCUACGGCUAUCAGAGCUCUUAUAUGACACCCUACUCAGCAAAGUCAACCAUGAUCUCCAUGGCAGCUCUUAAUUUCGUAGUAUCCUUAGCCAUUCUAGUGGUUAGUUUCUCAAAGACUUGGUGUGUGCGUGGAAAAACGUUUUACCUGACAGUUUUUGUGGUGGAUGUGGUUCUGGCAGUUCUUCAGUGUAUUAUAAACAUCAUAUUUGUCAUUGGGGUGAAUCCCAUGGCCCAGAGUUCACAAAGCAUCAUGUACAACCCCAUCCUGAUGAUGUGUCAGACCUCAUUAGGGACUCCCAGCAUCAGCGCCGGAGCUGGCACAGGCUUCCCAGGUGCUUAUCCGUCCUUUAAUCGAUAUCUUCAUCACUACUGCUUCAUGGAUCCUGAGGAGGCUGUGGCUCUGGUAUGUGGGCUGUUUGUCAUGAUUGCCCUGGUUAUUGCAGCCUAUUUUGCCUAUAAGACUCGAAGCAAAAUAUGGCGUCAUGGCAAACUUAAUAUUUACUGGGAGGAACCAGCUAUCCUCAGAACCAACAGGAGCCAGAAUUCACAAAACUGGCGAAGCACUCAAUACACCCCCACUGUGGUUUUGUCAGAGAAGGCUUCCCCUCACGUGAAAGCAGACAACAGUGUCCCCUCUUACAAUGAGGGAACAGUGAGCAUCUACAGCGAGGGAGCAUACAAAAGUAAUGUGUAUUCUGAGAAUAAUACUGUGGAGGAAGUUGAAGUGCAGAGCAGCUCAGUGCAAGAGAAACCUGUAACGUAUGAGGUUGAGGAUGUGCUAUGUGAGACAGGGUACACCACUGCUGGAGAUUCGGGCACUGAAUUAGCCAUGAAUGACUUGGAAGAUUCUUAUUCAGAAAUUACAACCGAUGAACAGCGCAGACAGUACAAGAAACAGUUUGAUAUCUGCCUCGCUGAAUAUAAGAACCUCCGUGUAGAAAUGGAUGAUAUCAGUGAUCAAAUGAAUGAACUGAGCCGAGAGUUGGACUCCCUCCAUGAGGAAUCCACCAAGUUCCAGGCUGUAGCUGAUGAAUAUAAUCGACUCAAGGAUCUGAAGCGGUCUCCAGAAUACAAGGCUAAGAAGCUCCGUUGUAAAAAACUGAGGCAGGAGCUGUGUCAUAUCAAGCAACUGGUGAAAAAUUACGACAGAUGCUUUGCAAGGAGAGAGAGGACUAAUAUUGCUAAUCAUCAGGAUUUCUUUGUCUAAAACUGAAAAGGUGUAUGCAUUUACUGUAUAUGACACCAUUUGUCUAGACAUUUACAAGCUGCGCUGAGUGAGUUGUGUCUGUAAAUUUGCAGUUGUAAAUAUUUUGGAUUUUUCUGUAAAAUUGUUUGUUUGCUA